GAAUUCGAACACGGCCUAAAUGACUAUAGUGGUAACAGAUUUGUUAAUAAAGCAAAAUAUAAGUAAAUAAAGAAUUCAUGUUUCAGUGGAGGACCUUUUAUUAACCAGAGCAGCUUUGAUGUAAUUAAAUGGCAAUUAUUGUAAAGAAUAGUGUAACAAGAUUUAUGAUUCCCAAAGAUUUUGUUUAAAGAAUGGAAGAUAAUAAAUUGCCUGAUGAUGAUACCAUUACAUUAAUCCUUUCUGGUAAUCGCAUUCUGGCAUCCAAAGAAAGACUCUCUCAUAAGAGCAGAUAUUUUGAAUGUUUAUUCUCUGACAAAUUCUGUGAUUUUACUCGAAAAGAAAUAGACAUUAAUUACGAUAUUCAGUUGGAAACAUUACAGGAUUUUAUUGAUUGGACAAAUAGCGACGUAACAAUACAAUUUAACGAUGGUCACAUCAUUAAGACAAGUUUAUCAAAAUAUGUUAAUGGUUCAUAUUUACCUCUUUUGACUCUGUUAGAAAUUGGUUGUACUUUUAUAGUAGAUAGUUUAAUUGGAGAUGUAAUGGAUGUAUUAGUGCAUCAUUGGUUCGAGCCAGAAAUAGUAAUCGAUGUUUGGUUAAUGGCUCAGGAAAUAAGUUAUACGAAAUUGAAAGAUGUUGCAUUUGCUGUUUGCUUAGACAGAUUUAUGGAACUUCCUACAGAUGCUCUUUUAAAGUUAUCCACAGAAAAAUUUACACAGCUUAUUAAAAAUGUUAAUAUUAGAUCCUCAGACAGCCAUUUACAUUCUGUGACAAAAAAGUGGAUUAAAAAGAACAACGAUGGAGAGAAUUUGUUGAAUGAAAUUUCUAAUCGUACAGAAUAUUUGAAGCGAAGGAAAGUCAUUGAAGGAUACUCAAGGAAUAUAAGGGAACAUAAUGAAAAUGUUUCUAAAUUUAAUCUUUAUGAAAAUAAUGAAUAUGAUGAAAAUUCAUCUUCAGGUGAAGAUGAAUUUUACGUUGGACGACGUCGUUGUGUAAUUAAUACACCCCGUUGGGCACAUUCAACAUAUGUAUUGGACAUGCCACCAGAUCAAAUAGAAUUAGACAUAUUGAGUUGUCAUAUAACUUUUGAGGAUUCAAAAAACAAGGUGACAAAGUAUGUUUGUUCCACGGAUAAGUCAUCAUCAAGUACUGUUACCAUUGAAUUGAAUAAUGUAACAGUUCCUUUCGGGAAAAUGAAGGGAAUGGAAAUUAUAGGACGAGGAUUCAGUAUAUAUUUUGUUGGAGGGGUAUAUGACUCCAACGGUUCAGAUUCCAACAGUUCAGAUUUGGGCAAAUUUAAUAUGGAUAUUUGGCGAUAUUGUAUGUUAUCCGAGAAGAUGUACUAUGUUGCAAGGCUGCCUCGUCCCCGUAAAAAUUUGAUCGCCUGUUUCAUGGCAAACAAGUUAAUGUUAGUGGGUGGUUUAGGUGAGAACGGAACAAAUCUCACUUCUAUAGAUGUGUUAAAUAUACAUACAGGAGAAUGGACGCACGCAGCAGAUAUUCCAAGUCCACCACUUCUUUUUAAAAAUAUUGGUGGUUCUUCCCAGUAUAAAAAUUAUUUUUGUGUAUAUGACCAACAUGAUAACAAAUGGUCAUUAUCUGAAGAUUUUAACUCCAUGUCUCUGAACUAUAUACCAGAUAAAUAUUAUGUGGGUGCCAAUGACUAUGAAUGGCCGUCAGCUAUUCGUCUUGCAAUGUAUAUAGAAUGCUUUGGAAAUGAUGAGACUAGCACAGUAGAUGGUACUGCAAGCAAACUAUAUUGGCAUGAGAAGUACUAUUUGAAUUAUAGUAUACGUAUACCCCGUAAAGUACCUCUAAAUGAGGAAGGCAUGUCAGAAAAAUGUGUUACGGAAGAAUUUGGGAAGUACUGGGAAGUCUCAAGACAACUGUGUGAAAAUCUAAACCCUGCUUCUUUGUACUGGCAAGUUACACUAUGAUUGAUAAUGUACAAAUAUGAACGUAUUUUACACUUCUACAAAGCUGUUAACAUAUAUGUCAAGCAAUUUUAUACUAUUUUAUAAAGCCAAUGAAAAGACAUAACUUCAUUAGGCUGCACUGCUAGAACGGAAUGCAGCUAUUUAAUGUAUUAUUUAAUUACGACAUAAAUACGCUUCCACAAAAAUGCCACUUAGUACAAUACUCAGUAUAAUUCGACACAGCCGUCCAUAAAAAAAUGAACGUCGGCA